AUCGAUUCUCAUAUCUCUGCUUCCCCAAAAUAAAAUUUAAAAAAAUGAAAUUCUUCGUUUCAUUUGUUAUGUUCUUUCUCCUCUUGAACGGUUUUGCAACGGCGCAAACUCUGAUUCAAGAUUCUUGCAAGAAAGCUGCAGCGAGAGACCCGAGCUUUAAAUACGAUUUCUGCGUCCAAUCUCUUGAAGCGGAUCCACAGAGCAAGACAGCAACUAGUCUCGAAGGUUUGGUCAUAGCAUCAAUGAAGAACGCUGCGUCCCAAACAAUUAACGUGAAAGGGAUCGUUGAAAAGAUCCUCAGUGACAAGAAAACUUCACUUGGUAUUGAAAUGGCGUUAACCGAUUGCAUCGAGCUUUACACGGAUGCUAAUGAUUCUAUAAACGAGGCUUUAACGAAUGUUAAGUCUCACGAUUACAGAACCGCUAACGUGCAUCUGAGUGCUGCUAUGGUUGAUCCGAGGACUUGUGAAACUGGAUUCAAAGAUUUGAGGCACCAGUCUCCAGUUACAAAUGAGAACGAUGUUUCGAUUCAAAAGAUUUUAAUUUCUUUAGCUUUUACAAAUAUGUUAUGAUGAUAUUACCAAAAGUGUAUAAUUUAACAUUGAUAUGUUUACUAAAGAAAUAUAUA